UAUAAUAGCAGUGAUUUUAGAAAUAAAUUAGUGUAAAUUUUAGUUUGAUUUUAUAACAAAUCCCUCCAACACUAGCCACGUAGCCCACCACUGGGUCUAUCGCCCUACAAUGAUUUUUUUCAGCUAAAAUUGAACAUUUUGAUAGAACCAGGGUGGCCUAAAAGUGAUACAACGAAUAUUCACUAGAUGGCAGCAUAAUCACUGUUAUGGUUUUUAGUCUGUGAUCUAAAUUUGAGGGGCCAUACUGGCCUAAAUAAGAUAGGCCACUAUGGUUUAUGCCCGCUAAAACUUCUCUGUCAGGAUGACAUACUUUUGGCAAUCUGUUGAUGACAAAUGUCGUGCGUAUCCCGUGCGUGCUUUAACUACUCUAUGGCUAUAACUUUCAGUAAAAUUAUAUAUUUUGUGAAGUGGAUAUUUGACUCUAAUAAGUAAUAUGGAAAACGAUCAACAAGAAAGCUCAAACAAUGUGGAUACCGAACGUCGAGAAAUCUUUGGGUCUGAAGCAGAAGAAGGCCCAUUUCAAGACUCUGGUUCAGAAUACCAGCCAUCUGGACGUAAUUCGACGGCAUCUAGUACAGAUUUAAUUGAUAUUUUAGGUGACGAAAACCAAUCUCCAAAUAAUAUAACUUCUGAAAUAACUCCAGUUCAAAGUAAACCCAGAAAAAGAGUAAGACAACCAAGCAAAUGGAAGAAGAAUGUGAGAAAGGAAAAGCGUUCAAGUGGUGAGGAAUAUAUUAAUGUUAAAGGUGUUCUAGUGCCACCAAAACAAAUUGAUACGGCUUGUGAGUGUAAUUGCCAACAAAAGUGUCAUGAAAAGAUUCUGCCUAGUCAGCAAAUUAUUCUGUUCAAGAGCUUUGGGAAAUUAUAACUUGCAGUCAUCUUACCUUUUUUCUUUAAUUAAGGUGAUGCCAAAAAAGACAUGUCACACUGCUUCUGCUGAAUCUAGGCGUUCAAAUUCAAGGGUGUAUCAGGUUCCUAAUUGUGAUGGCUUGCAUGUAACUGUAUGCAAAGAAUUUUUUAAACUAUGGCUACUAUGGUUCUCAUUGCCUCAAUUGUUAAUUUGUAUUUUUUACU